AUGCGGCUCUCUCCCGAAAUUUAUGGGAAAUUGAAGCCCGGAAUUACCUUUGUCGAACAAAGCCAAGCCGAUCUCGACACCCUGAUCGGUGCUGCACGAAAGAUCAUCAAUGAGAAGUUCGUGCCCGACCCCCUGCACUGGUACCUUUACAUGCAGAAAAGGUUCUGGAGCAAUAUCCGUGGAUCUCGGUGCCGUCGUGGCUGCCAUGCUCGCAUGUGGACAAGGGUGGGGAGGCGAAAGUGGAAAACGCGACGUCGCGUCUGCCAUCCUGGCCUGUGGUCAGAAAGGAGGCCCUGGAGACAUGGUCGAGGCACUUGCGGCCCUUGGCACUACCUGGUUAACUCAUCUUCUAUUCUUUAUACGAGCGGGAGACAGCCAUAUGAAGCUCAUCGCCAAGUGGCUACUCUGGAAACAACGACACCCCAUGUUUGGGGAUGGUCAGGCCGCAGGCGGGUCCUAUGUCAAGAGGAUAUGAUCUUUGGAGAUGAAUAUGAAUGUAUUCUAACGGGAAUUCAAGUCUGGACGCACCCUGCACUGGAUGACGACGGUUUCCGUGUCGAGCUGAGGGCGUGUCAUAUACUUUAUAGAUUCAUCGGUACAUCCGAGCAGGAACAGAGAUCGGACUCUCUGAAGUCUGCUCAAACAACAUUUGACCUACUCGUAGAAUUUCUCUGCCUUCCGGCUAGGUAUAUUGAACAAGCCUAA